GACAGUAGCACGCCUGUUAGGGCCUUUCUUUGGCCAGUCUUCUUGUACUACAGACCGGGUCUGUAUAACACGGUAGCCUGGACCUAUUGUCAAUAAAGUAAAUAAGUGUUUACAUAAAUAGGUUGUUCUGGGAGCACGGACAGGUCGUCAGCAUGCCCAAAAUCCAGAGACCAGUGGAUGGCAUUCCAGCUAAGUGUGUGUGGUUUGACCGUAAGAAAUAUGUCAUAGUAAACUUCUCGAUUCAGCAACCUCGAGAUCUGCAGUGUGAAAUCACAGAUGACUAUGUAAUCCUGUGCUGUAAAGAUGCUGAUGACAACAUCAUUUACAACGAAAUUCAUUUUUACGACAAGAUCAUGAGACAUGACUCCAGAGAGAGGCCGUACGAUCGCACAGUCAACCUGCUGCUGAGGAAGCAAACACCUAAUACGGCGUGGCCGCGUCUCACCAAAGACACCGCCAGGCCCAGCUGGAUGGCAGUAGAUUUUGACAACUGGAGAGACUGGGUGAAUGAAGAUGAUGAUGGCAGGGAAGAGUUUGAGUACUAUGCAGACAUGAUGAAAGAUCUGCAGAAGAAAGGGGAACCACCUUCUAUGGAUGAUCUUGAUUUUGAUGAUGACUGAUUCUGGGUCCGAAAAAUGAUUAUCAAAAAUGUCACUGGCUCCCUCUUAAAACCCAGUAAAUCGGCAAAACAAUCUAAAUCAGUACACCUGUGCUAAACAGCUGACUUUGAAUGAUAUUUCCCUGAUUCUUGCCUUUGUGUUACUGAUGAACUGAAGCAUCAUUUUCUACCUGUUUGUCUUCCGGUUGCCACAGCAUUUUCACUGAAAUUGACUGACCUGUGAUGUGUGUUGUGUCUUACUAAUGUGCUAUUUAAGACAUUUUUAUUCGCUUUCUGUAUUAAUAAAAUCUUGUAAAUAAACGUUCCUUUGCUUC